AUGGGAACAAUAAACAAUGUAACUAUGUUCAUUUUCUUGGGCCUUUCUCAGAACCCAGAGGUGGAAGACAUUUGUUCUGUGGUGUUUUCUUUCUUAUACACAGCUACUCUUCUGGGAAACCUUCUUAUCAUGAUGACAGUGCAUAUGGGCAACCUUUUCAAGUCUCCUAUGUAUUUCUUUCUCAACUAUUUGUCUUUUGUGGACCUGUGUUACUCCUCAGUUAUAGCUCCCAAAAUGAUUGUUGACCUAUUAGCCAAGAGUAAAACGAUAUGUUAUGUGGGGUGCAUUUUGCAACUCUCUGAGUUACAUUUCUUUGGAUCCAGUGAGGUACUCCUCCUUGUUGUAAUGGCCUAUGAUCGGUAUGUGGCCAUCUGUAAACCUCUCCACUAUAUGACCAUCAUGGACCGGGACAGAUGCAAUCAAAUCAUGCUGGGGAUCUGGGUAGGCGCGUCCUUACACAGUACUAUCCUGCUGUGUUUUGUGCUUCAGCUCCCCUUUUGUGGACCCAAUGUGAUUGAUCACUACUUUUGUGAUGUUCACCCUAUACUGAAACUGGCCUGCACAGACACACAUAUUGCUGGUGUUGCUGAGACAGCCAACAGCAGGACCAUUGCCCUGGGAGGUUUUGUGAUAUUGUUAAUCUCCUACAGUGUCAUCCUUCAGUCUCUGAGAAAGCAGUCAGCAGAAGGCAGGCGCAAAGCUCUCUCCACUUGUGGCUCCCACAUUGUGGUAGUCAUCAUUUUUUUUGGCCCCUGUACUUUCAUGUACAUGCGCCCUGAUACGACCUUUGCUGAGGAUAAAAUGGUGGCUGUGUUUUAUACCAAUGUCACCCCCAUGCUAAAUCCCCUGAUUUAUACACUGAGAAAUGCAGAAGUAAAAAAUGCUAUGAAGAAACUGUGGUGUAGAAAGGUUUUAUGGAAGGCUAAUGACAAAUAUUUUGAAGGAAUGAUACUUUUAACCAGAAUGAUCUAUAUUUGUCCAGUCUUGGUUAAUGCAACUGUAUGA